AUGAAUUAUUUAAAUAAUAAUCAAACUCAGACUCUACCAUGUGAGUUUAUAAUCGAUUACAACAACUAAGAUAUCGCAGGAUUUAAUGUAAAUUUAUUCAUAACAUUCCUAGUUAUCGAAUGACUCCAAUUAUAUUGCCAUUUUCACUAAUUCUCAAUAGGAUAAUGAAACCUUUUAAUUUAGAAUAUAUUGUUUACAAUCAUUUAAAUUGAUUAUCACUUUUAAUGUCUCCAAAACUAACAUAAAGCUUGAUACAAUAGACUUUUCACAUAAUUCCUCUUAUUUUUACUAUAAUUCUUAUUCUGAUCAUUUGAAUUUACUUAACUUAUAGGAUCUAACUGUCAAAUCAAUACAAAUUAACAUAUAAUCAAUUAAAUAUGAGCUUUGGUUGUUAGAUUACACAUUAUUCAUUAAGGAUAAUCUGCAUUUACAUGUUUAUAACAUAUAAAGUGAAUAGAAGAUAGAAUAACUUCGAUUCGGAUUUCCUUUUUCCUUGUUUACACCAUUCUCGAGCAAUUAAUAUUAUUUAUUGAAUGAAAAACAAUAAACAUUAGAACUAUGGUUUAAUUAUCAUGCCUAUCUAAAAAAUAAAUUAUCAAAGUAGUUUUCAAAAAUACCUGGUAGAAUGAUGUUGCUCAAAAACCAAUUUAUUCUUUGUGUAUUUAAUUUUAGGACGAUUUAAUUUUUAUCAAAAAAUAAUUUUCAAAUACUUAGGAAUAUUAUGCUCACUAGCUAUUUCAAGAAGGAGUAACUCCAUUUUGAAGAUAAGAUCACAAUUGUUAGAAUGUAAACCUAGCCUCCUACAUUAAAUAUCAGCAACUUAAUGCCAGAAAUAUCUCAUAAAUAAUUAAAACUUGAAGAUAGUUUCCUAUAAGAAUUUACUUCUUAUGAAUAAACCUCAAAACUACUCAUAGGUAUGAAAUUAAAGAACCUAAGUGGUUUUGAAUUGAAAGUAUAUAAAUUACAAUUUUGA